UCAGAGGCAGCGAGGAGGCAGCCAAAAUAUCUCGCCGAGGCCCGAAUUUAUUUAUUCUGCGCCUCGGAAUUUGGCUCAAUUCGUCGGUGGUUGGACACAUUUAAGAUAUGAGCGCUUCGGGGAUUUUACGUGCUUUUCAGAUUUCCAUGUAUUGCUGAAUUUCCUUCCCACCUCAAACACUGACAGCAGCAGCAGCAGCCAGCAGCGGAGUCCCGGUGUCCCGUGGAAUUCUCACGGUACCGAGGCGAGAUACGCAUGGAACAUGGCUGCGAUGAGGACUUUAACCGUGGCGGGUCUGUUUUUGGCGUUUUGCGCGUUGGGACUGAUAGCAGUGGCCAUCAGCACUGACAACUGGUACGAGACCGACGCGAGGAGGCACCGGGAACGCUGCAAGAAUUAUUCAAACAAAAGAAACGACCCCGGCUACAUCUACAUCUCCAACAACAACCUUCCACUUCGCAUGUUGCCAAAGGAGAGAAAUGUGGAGAGGAGGAGCGGCGACAUGCUGCUGCGGGCUAAGCGGCACUUCUUGCCUCCUGCCCCGGCCAUGGAGUCCCUCUGCAGUCGGCAAUUCAACUCCACCAUCACCGGACUGUGGAAAAAGUGCCACCGAGGGGGAUUUGACUUGGAGAUAGAGGAUCUGAUAUUUAAAGGAUUGGUUCCGCGCUGCACACCAAUAAAAUACUACUACUCAUCAUCAGCGUUGCCCAGAAACCUGCCAAUCAAUCUGACGAAGACAAUAAGGCAGGAUGAGUGGCACGCGCUCCACCUCCAGAGGAUGACUGCAAGUUUCGUAGGCAUGGCCAUAUCCAUCAUCCUGUUCGGCUGGAUCAUAGGCGUGCUGGGCUGCUGCAAGGAGCAUGAUCUGAUGCAGUAUGUGGCUGGACUUCUCUUCCUCAUGGGAGGGACAUGCUGCAUUAUCUCCCUCUGCACAUGUGUGGCCGGGAUCAACUUUGAACUGUCACGCUAUCCUCGCUACAUGUUUGGAAUACCAGAGGACAUCAGCCACGGUUACGGAUGGUCCAUGUUUUGUGCUUGGGGUGGACUGGGCCUGACCCUGCUGGCUGGCUUCCUGUGUACACUCGCUCCCUCCCUCUACCCUCCACACACCCCCGUGGUGCACAAGGCCACCAGGCAGGAGAACGGCUGUGUGUGACAGGCCGCCGCACAUUU